AUGAGUUUUGGUUUCUGUGGAACAGGAGGUGGCCUUAGAGGAAGGGGAGGCCAAGGUUACCGUGGGAAAGAAGAAGAGGUGUUUGAUAAAGGUUGUAAUAUUCCUCAUCACUUCUACGCAGGUGCGAGAGAGGACAGUGGGGAUAAGAGGCCAAAGGUGACCUAUGUUCCCCCACCCCUCCCUGAGGAUGAGGAUUCCGUUUUUACCCAUUACAAAGCUGGUGUUAACUUCAGUAAAUAUGAUGAGAUCUUAGUCGACGUGAGCGGCAGCAACCCACCACAUGCCAUCAUGACUUUGGAAGAAGCAGGAUUUUGUGAGUCCCUGAUGACGAAUGUUGUCAAAUCUGGAUAUGUGACGCCAACUCCGGUGCAGAAAUAUGGUGUGCCUAUCAUCUCUGCUGGUAGAGAUGUAAUGGCCUGUGCCCAGACCGGCUCUGGUAAAACGGCUGCGUUCCUGUUGCCCAUCCUGCAGAAGUUGAUGGUGGACGGUGUGGCAGCAAGUUGCUUUAAUGAGAUACAGGAACCUGAGGUGGUCAUCGUGGCUCCGACCAGGGAGCUCAUUAACCAGAUCUUCAUGGAGGCCAGGAAGUUUGCCUUUGGGACCGGUGUGCGUCCAACCGUUGUCUAUGGCGGGAUCAACACUGGAUAUCAAAUCCGAGAAAUCAUGAAGGGAUGUAACUUGCUGUGCGGGACCCCAGGAAGAUUGUUGGAUAUUAUUGGAAAAGGAAAGAUUAAGUUAAGUAAAUUGCGUUACUUGGUGCUGGAUGAGGCUGAUCGAAUGUUGGACAUGGGAUUUGAGCCAGAAAUGCGAAAGCUGCUGGCCAGUCAGGGCAUGCCCCCCAAAGAAGAGCGUCAGACCCUGAUGUUCAGUGCCACAUACCCAGAAGACAUUGAAAGGAUUGCAGCUGACUUCCUGAAGCCAGACUAUUUAUUCUUAGUUGUUGGCGUGGUGGGUGGAGCCUGCCGCGACGUGGAGCAGACGAUUGUCCAGGUCACCAGGUACUCCAAGAGGGACGAACUCAAAGGCAUCCUUGAAGUCACUGGGACUGAGCGCACACUGGUUUUUGUGGAAACAAAGAGACAAGCAGAUUUCCUUGCUGCCUACUUGUGCCAGGAGAAAGUUCCAACUACAAGCAUCCAUGGCGACCGUGAGCAGAAGGAGCGAGAGCAGGCGUUGCAGGACUUCCGUUCAGGUAAAUGUCCUGUCCUGGUAGCUACCUCUGUAGCUGCAAGAGGUCUGGACAUACCGGACGUCCAGCAUGUGGUGAACUUUGACCUUCCCAACAACAUUGAUGACUAUGUCCACCGCAUUGGGAGAACUGGCCGCUGUGGCAACAUUGGGAAGGCUGUGUCAUUCUAUGACCCGGACACAGACGGCAAACUUGCCGACUCUCUGAUCAAAAUUCUGUCAAAGGCCCAGCAGGAAGUGCCCUUGUGGCUUGAGAAGGCUGCAUUCAGCGUGCAGGGUGCAACAGGUUUCAGUCCAAAAGCCGAGGCCUUCACCUCCUUUGAUUCAACGAAGAUCGAGAACCAGCCAGCUGCCCAAAAGGAGGAUGAAUGGGAAUAG